AUGCAAAGUGGCUAAUAUAAAGCCCUCACUCUAGCCUCACAUCGCUAAACUACCAGCCCCGUUUGGUUUGUACACAAAGCACAAUAGAGAAGACCCAAUAUUGCGUCUUUCCUCAGCUUUAUUUGCCGAGCGAGUAGUUCCGGACGGCGGAGCACCCGGUUCGCAAUGGCCCCCGCGGCCAGACUCAGAAACGACUUCGGUGUGGAGGACGACGCAUAUUAUGCCGCUAAAGGUGACAGAAAGACUCGAAAACCAAUAGUGGAGAAAAAGAGGCGAGCGCGCAUUAAUGAAAGCCUGCAGGAUCUCAGGACUCUGCUCACAGAUAACGAUUUGCAGACAAAGAUAGAGAAUGCAGAGGUGCUUGAACUGACAGUGAGACGAGUUGAGAACAUCCUACAGAACCGCUCUCAGGAGGCUGAAGCUGUGAAUCAGGAGGCCAGCGAGAGAUUCGCAGCGGGUUACAUCCAGUGCAUGCACGAGGUGCACACCUUCGUGUCCACGUGUCCCGGGAUUGACUCCAAGCUGACCUCAGAGCUGCUCAACCACCUGCUGGAGUGCAUGCCCUUAAAUGAGGAGCACCUUCAGGAGAUGAUCCUGGACCUCAUCUCAGAGCCAUCCUCCUCCAGCGGGGAGUGUGUAUCCGACCUGUCCUCAGCACUGUCCCCGUCCCCGUCCAGUGAGGACCCGUGCUCCGACCUGGAGGAGACCGAGAGCGAGAGCGAAGCAAGCUCAGCCAACUCCUCCAGCAUCACACUCUCCGAGGUCGUGUGGAGGCCGUGGUAGAAAGAUCACAAGUCUUCCUUCUUCAGAAUACACAUAAUCCUGUAUUGGAGCAUAUGCUGGGAUUCUUUUGUCAUGAUUCAGAUUCUCAUGAGGAAAUGGCUUUAGGAUUUAUAUACACACAUAAGCAGGAUAUAUUACAUCAUUAUACGGAAAGAGUAUGGAAUUUGACAGACUUUGACACAUUUCCGGAUGCUUUUCUUCAGUUUCUCUUCAGAAACAAGAUGACUAUGAAAGCUUAUUUAGAAGUGAAUUUUAGAUUGAAUUGCCUUAAAAAGUUAGCUUAUAUAGAGUAAUGACUUAUAUAGAGUUUUGGGAGAAAGAUUUGUUUUGUGCCUUUGUAACCUAUAGUUAAAAAAACACUAAAUGUCACAUUGAGAGACUGAGUAGAUUAUCAAGGUUGUAUGUCUCGACCAGCUGGUUUAUGACUACUACUAGUCAUAAAGUAUGUUUUUAAUACGGUGUAUCUUUAGGGAUUAUAAAUAUUAAUAAAAUAUAUAAUUUAAUUGUACUAUAAGUGUCAGAGUAGUUCACGAUCAUAGUACUGCAGUGUCCGGUAUAGGGUAAAGAUGUCUUGUAUUUCAUGUUUAUGCUCUUAUGAAAAUUUCUUUUGUUUUAGUGAUUGUGAAUUUAAUUGAUUUGUAUUAAACGUUUUCAUGUUAAGUUGUCAGUGGGCUAGGUGUGAACACAGCAAUUCAUGUAUUUGUAAGAUUUGGACAGUUUGAAGGAACAGGAUCAUGUAACUGAUGUACCUGUAACUGUUCUCACCCCUUUUCAAUUAGUCAGAUUUAUGGCAAUGAUUCAGUUUGAUGUGUAUGUAUUUAUAAACCUGAGCCCAUGUAGCUUCAGCUUUUUUUGGAUGAUAUUUUAAAAAGUUUUGGGGAAAGUUACUUUCAUUCUGGAUUGCGGAAUAGGACACAGGAGAAGAAAGUUCAACACUUCAGUAAUAAAAACAAAAAAAUAAACAAAUGUGAUAUUUAUCGAAAGUCAUUUUUGCUUAGUAUGGUUGAAUUGGAUCGUCGAAGGUCAGAGAUAUUUGUAUGGUUUAACAUUGAAUUAUUGCAGAUUUGCAUAAUCUUCUGAGUUUACUGUUUGUGAAUACUGAUAGCGAUGGGAUGCAUUAACAGAUGUUUAAGGAUAUAUUGAGUGGGGUGAGGGGUUGGCUGACUGUUGAGAGAACAGAUGGUAAUGAAACAGAUCCCUCGAGACCACAAGGUUGUAUGUCUCGACCAGCUGGUUCAGACUAAAGAAAUAAGAAUAAAUAAGUAA